AGUACGAGCGAGGCAGCCGGGGAGGCAGGGUGUGCGCAGACGCCGCGAGAGUUUUCCCCGCGCACGUCCCGUGAGCGUCCCCGCCGCCGGCCGCGGUCAUGGCGGACAGCGAGGGCGGCUCGGAGCAGGAUGACGUGUCCUUCCUGCGGACGGAGGACAUGGUGUGCCUGUCCUGCACCGCGACCGGGGAGAGGGUGUGUCUGGCGGCGGAGGGCUUCGGCAACCGGCACUGCUACCUGGAGACCAUCGCGGACAAGAACAUCCCGCCGGACCUGUCGCAGUGUGUGUUCGUGAUCGAGCAGGCGUUGUCUGUGCGCGCCCUGCAGGAGCUGGUCACCGCCGCUGGGUCGGAGACGGAUCAGGAGUCAUUAGGCAAGGGGACGGGAUCGGGACACCGGACGCUGCUCUACGGCAACGCCAUCCUCCUGCGGCAUCAGAACAGCGACAUGUAUUUGGCCUGCCUGUCAACCAGUUCGUCCAAUGACAAGCUGGCGUUUGACGUGGGCCUGCAGGAGCAUUCUCAAGGCGAGGCGUGCUGGUGGACCGUGCACCCCGCCUCCAAGCAGAGGUCGGAGGGCGAGAAGGUGCGCGUCGGUGACGACCUGAUCCUGGUGUCAGUCGCCACGGAGAGAUACCUGCACACAGCGAAGGAAAACGACCUCUCUGUGGUGAACGCAUCCUUCCACGUGACCCAUUGGUCCGUUCAGCCGUACGGAACAGGCAUCAGCCGGAUGAAGUAUGUUGGUUACGUCUUCGGCGGCGACGUGUUGCGUUUCUUCCACGGAGGGGACGAGUGCCUCACGAUACCUUCCAGUUGGACGGAGCAGCCCGGCCAGAACAUCGUGGUGUACGAGGGCGGCAGCGUGAUGAGCCAGGCGCGCUCCUUGUGGCGCCUGGAGCUGGCUCGCACCAAGUGGGCCGGCGGCUUCAUCAACUGGUACCACCCCAUGAGGAUACGCCACCUCACCACCGGCCGCUACCUCGGCGUCAACGAGAACAACGAGCUGUACCUCGUCAGCAAGGACGAGGCGACGCUGGCCCUGUCCACGUUCUGCCUGCGGCAGGAGAAGGACGACCAGAAGGUGGUCCUGGAGGAGAAGGACCUGGAGGUGAUCGGCGCGCCCAUCAUCAAGUACGGCGACAGCACCGUCAUCAUGCAGCACUCGGAGAGCGGCCUCUGGCUCUCCUACAAGUCGUACGAGACGAAGAAGAAGGGCGUGGGCAAGGUGGAGGAGAAGCAGGCAGUUCUGCACGAGGAGGGCAAGAUGGAUGACGGGCUGGACUUCAGCCGCAGCCAGGAGGAGGAGUCCCGCACCGCCCGCGUCAUCCGCAAGUGCAGCUCCCUCUUCAACAAGUUCAUCGUGGGAUUGGAGACGUUGCAAGUCAACAGAAGGCAUUCACUUUUUUUCAUGUCUGUCAAUCUAAAUGAAAUGGUCAUGUGCCUCGAAGACCUGAUCAACUAUUUUGCCCAGCCUGGCGACGAGAUGGGGCACGAGGAGAAGCAGAACCGGCUGCGCGCGCUGCGGAACCGGCAGGACCUCUUCCAGGAGGAGGGGAUCCUGAACCUGAUCCUGGAGGCCAUCGACAAGAUCAACGUGAUCACGUCGCAGGGCUUCCUGGUGGCGCUGGCGGGCGACGACUCGGGCCAGAGCUGGGAGAUCAUCUCCGGCUACCUGUACCAGCUGCUGGCGGCCAUCAUCAAGGGCAACCACACCAACUGCACGCAGUUCGCCAACUCGAACCGGCUCAACUGGCUGUUCAGCCGGCUGGGGUCGCAGGCGUCGGGCGAGGGCACGGGCAUGUUGGACGUCCUGCACUGCGUGCUCAUCGACUCCCCCGAGGCCCUCAACAUGAUGAGGGACGAGCACAUCAAGGUGAUCAUCUCGCUGCUGGAGAAGCACGGCCGCGACCCUAAGGUUCUGGACGUGCUGUGCUCGCUGUGCGUGGGCAACGGGGUGGCCGUGCGCAGCUCCCAGAACAACAUCUGCGACUUCCUGCUGCCGGGCAAGAACCUGCUGCUGCAGACGCAGCUGGUAGACCACGUGGCCAGCGUUCGGCCCAACAUCUUCGUGGGGCGGGUGCAAGGCUCGGCCGUGUACCAGAAGUGGUACUUCGAGGUGACCAUGGACCACAUCGAGCAGACGACGCACAUGACCCCCCACCUCCGGAUCGGCUGGGCCAACACCACCGGGUACACGCCGUACCCGGGCGGUGGGGAGAAGUGGGGGGCCAACGGCGUCGGCGACGACCUGUACUCGUUCGGCUUCGACGGAGCAAACCUGUGGACAGGUGGUCGGAAAACGCAGGUGAUUUCCGACUCGACGGAACCGUUCAUCAAGAAGACGGACGUGAUCGGCUGCGCGCUGGACCUCACCGUUCCCGUGAUCACGUUCACGUUCAACGGCCACAUGGUGAAAGGGACCUUCAGAAACUUCAACCUGGACGGCAUGUUCUUCCCAGUCAUCAGCUGCUCUUCCAAGCUGAGCUGCCGCUUCCUGCUGGGCGGCGACCACGGCCGGCUCAGGUUCGUCCCUCCGGAGGGCUUCUCCCCGCUCGUGGAGUCCCUCCUGCCGCAGCAGGUGCUGUCCAUCGACCCCUGCUUCUACUUCGGCAACCUCAGCAAGUGCGUGCUGGCCGGCCCGUGGCUCGUGGAGGACGACACUGCCUUCGUGCCCACGCCCGUCGACACCUCCGCGGUGACGCUGCCCAGCUACGUGGAGAGCAUCAGGGACCGGCUGGCGGAGAACAUCCACGAGAUGUGGGCCAUGAACAAGAUCGAGGCGGGCUGGUGCUACGGCGAGCGGCGCGACGACAUGCGCAAGAUACACCCCUGCCUCAUCCAGUUCGACAGGCUGCCGCCGGCGGAGAAGCGCUACGACUCCCAGCUCGCCGUCCAGACGCUCAAGACGAUCCUGGCGCUGGGCUACUACAUCACGAUGGACAAGCCACCGUCGCGCAUCAAGACGGUGCGGCUGCCCAACGAGCCGUUCAUGCAGUCCAACGGCUACAAGCCGGCGCCGCUGGACCUGGGCGCCAUCUCGCUCGCGCCCAAGAUGGAGGAGCUGGUGGACCAGCUGGCGGAGAACACACACAACCUGUGGGCCAAGGAGCGCAUCCAGCAGGACUGGACGUACGGCCUCAACGAGGACCCGGACAUGAGGCGGAGCCCACACCUGGUGCCGUAUUGCAAGGUGGACGAUGCCAUCAAGAAGGCAAACAGGGACACGGCCAGCGAGACGGUGCGCACCCUGCUAGUGUACGGGUACAACCUCGAGCCGCCGACGGGGGAGGCCCACGAGGCCAUGUUGGCGGAGGCCGGGAGGGCGAGGCAGGUCUACUUCCGGACGUACCGCGCCGAGAAGAACUACGCCGUGUCCACAGGCAAAUGGUACUUUGAGUUCGAGAUCCUGACGGCGGGGCCGAUGCGCGUCGGCUGGGCCAAGGCGGACUGCAACCCGGGCUGCCAGCUGGGCAGCGACGAGAACACCUGGGCGUUCGACGGCUUCAACGAAGAGAAGUGGUACUGUGGCACGGCCGAGUCGUUCGGGAAACAGUGGCAGGCGGGCGACGUUGUCGGGGUCUUCCUCGAUCUGUUCGAUCAGACCAUCAGUUUCUCGCUGAACGGCGAGCUGCUGAUGGACGCGCUCGGCGGGGAGACGACGUUCGCCGACGUCCAAGGGGAGGCGUUCGUGCCGGCCUUCACGCUCGGGGUGGGCCAGAAGGCCAAGCUCACCUUCGGCCAGGACGUGAACCAGUUGAAGUUCUUCACGACGUGCGGGCUGCAGGAGGGUUACGAGCCGUUCUGCGUGAACAUGAACCGCGCUGUGACCUACUGGUACACCAAGGACCAGCCAAUCUUUGAGAACACGGACGACAUGGCCGACACGAAGAUCGACGUGACGAGGAUCCUGGCCGGCUCGGACACUCCGCCGUGCCUCAAGAUCAGCCACAACACUUUUGAGACUAUGGAGAAGGCCAACUGGGAAUUCCUGCGACUGUCGCUCCCCGUCAUUUGCAACUCCACCUUCAUAGAGGAGGGGGAGAAGCUGAGGCGCUGGCAGGAGAUCAAGAUCCGACAGCACCGGCUGCUGACCGACGCAGAGCACACGACGCCGGCCCACAUCGAGCAGAUCAUGCGGUCCGGCUUCACCAUGAACGACCUGAAGGGCCUGCAGCGGGGCUACUCGGAGGACGCCGCGGAGGCGGACGAGAUGAUGAUGCGGACGUCCCCCGAGUCGCCGCAGUCGCCGUCCAAGCUGAAGCACAAGCCGUCGCGGCCGCCCCGGAAGGGCUCCCUGUCGAGGAACGCCACCUUCGACCGCGUGGAGAACGCGCAGAUCAACGGGCCCAUGGACAGAGGUAAAAUGCAUCGGUCGACCAGCGAGCUCGAUCUGAACGCGUACGACGGGCUGGGGAACAACAUGGACUUGAAGGAUGACAAGAAGAAGCGAGGCAGGUCACCUUUCAGGUUCUUCUCCCGCAAGAAGGACGCUGCCGGGGACCAGAUGAAGAAGGCGAAGACUCCGGAGCCGUUCUUCGGGGACCUGCCCCCCGAGAGGAACAAGCCCCUGGGCAUGGCCAGGACCGGCAACCUGCAGGUCAGGGGUCAGCCCCAGGUCCGCCUGUCCCAGGCGGACCUGAAGAUCGUUCCGCCCAUCGUCCCGGACAGGGGCCCGAAGAUAAUGUCCGUGCCGACCGACACCGGCAUAGAGUCGAUCGGCAACGAGAUGUUCGACGCGGAGUGCCUGAAGCUGAUAAACGAGUACUUCUACGGGGUGCGCAUCUUCCCGGGCCAGGACCCCACGCACGUGUACGUGGGGUGGGUGACGACGCAGUACCACCUCCACAGCAAGGACUUCAACCAGAGCCGCGUCCGCAAAGUCUCCGUCGUCAUCACGGACAACUACAACCGCAUCAUGGAGAGCACGGACCGGCAGAGCUGCUACAUGGUGCGUGCAGACGAGCUGUACAACGAGGUGACGCACGACGCGUCGGGAAAGGGCGCGUCGCAGGGCAUGUUCGUGGGCUGCUUCGUGGACGCCGCCACGGGCUACAUCACCUUCACCUGCGAGGGAAAGGAGACCAGCCACAAGUACCGGAUGGAGCCCGACACUAAGCUGUUCCCGGCGAUCUUCGUCGAGGCGACCAGCAAGGAGAUCCUGCAGAUCGAGCUGGGCCGCACGUCCACCACCCUGCCCCUCUCCGCCGCCGUGCUGCAGAACUCGGAGCGGCACGUCAUCCCCCAGUUCCCGCCGAGGCUGAAGGUGCAGUGCCUGAAGCCGCACCAGUGGGCCCGCGUGCCCAACCAGUCGCUGCAGGUGCACGCCCUCAAGCUGUCCGACAUCCGCGGCUGGAGCAUGCUGUGCGAGGACCCCGUGUCCAUGCUCGCCCUGCACGUGCCGGAGGAGGACCGCUGCAUCGACAUCCUGGAGCUCAUCGAGAUGGAGCGCCUGCUGAGCUUCCACUCGCACACGCUGACCCUGUACGCGGCGCUGUGCUACCAGUCCAACUUCCGGGCCGCGCACGCGCUGUGCCACCACGUGGACCAGAAGCAGCUCCUGUACGCCAUCCGCUCGGAGUACAUGUCGGGCCCGCUGCGGCAGGGCUUCUACGACCUGCUGAUCGCGCUGCACAUAGAGUCCCACGCCACCACCAUGGAAGUGUGUAAGAACGAGUUCAUCAUCCCCAUUGGCCAGGAGCUCAAAGAGCUCUACGAGAAUCCGGAAAUGGGCCACAGCCUGCGCUCGCAGAUCACGGAAUCCGUCCGACCCCAGAUGAAGAUGACGGACAUUGCGGAGGUGGUCGACAACAUCAGGAACCUGUACAGCCCUCACUUCCCCAUGGACGUCGUGAAGAACUACAUCAUGACGGCGCUCGACGAGGCCGUGCAGAUCAACCAGGUGCACAACCGCGACCCCAUCGGCGGCAGCAACGAGAACCUCUUCCUGCCGCUGCUCAAGCUGGUCGAUCGCUUGCUGCUGAUUGGUCUCCUGAACGACGGUGACGUCGAGAAGCUGCUAAUAAUGACCGACCCAGAGACCUGGGACCCCACGUUCCAGAAAGACGGCAAGGACGAGCACAAGAAGGGCCUGCUGCAGAUGAAGAUGGCGGAGGGAGCCAAGCUGCAGAUGUGCUACCUGCUGCACCACCUGUGCGACACGCAGCUGAGGCACCGCGUCGAGGCCAUCAUCGCCUUCAGCCACGACUUCGUGGGAGACCUGCAGUCCGACCAGCUGAGGAGGUACGUGGACAUCAAGCAGUCGGACCUGCCGUCCGCCCUGGCCGCGAAGAAGACCAAGGAGUUCCGCUGCCCGCCGCGUGAGCAGAUGAACGCCAUCCUGGGCUUCAAGAACCUGGAGGACGAGGACCGGGAGAACUGCCCGUGCGGGGAGGACCUCUCGGAGCGCCUCGGAGGCUUCCACGAGCUGCUCAUGGGGCAGGUGUCGCUGAGCGCUCUGCAGGAGCCGGCCGAGCCCGAGGAAGGCGCGGCGGAGGUGGCCAAGCCGGGAGCCCUGAAGCGACUCUACAACUUCAUCAACGCCGUCAAGGAGCUGGAGGAGGAGCCCAAGGCCAUCGAGGAGCCGCAGAAGAAGACUCCGGAAGAGGUGUUCCGCAAGGUGCUGAUCAAGACUAUUGUGCGGUGGGCCGAGGAGACUCAGAUUGAGACAUCGAAACUCGUCAGAGAAAUGUUCAGCCUGCUGGUGCGGCAGUACGACAGCGUGGGGGAGCUGAUCCGCGCGUUGGAGAAGACGUACGUGAUCAACAGCAAGACCAAGGGCGACGUGGCGGAGAUGUGGGUGGGGCUGAGCCAGAUACGGGCGCUGCUGCCCGUGCAGAUGUCCCCGGAGGAGGAGGGACUGGUUCGCGAGAGGCUUUGGAAGCUGGUGAACAACCACACGUUCUUCCAGCACCCGGACCUGAUUCGCAUCCUGCGCAUCCACGAGAACGUCAUGGCCAUAAUGAUGAACACGCUGGGACGGCGCGCCCAGGCUCAGUCCGACGUUCAGGAGCAGGCCAAGGCGGCGGAGGGCGAGGUGGCCCUGCCCAAGGAGAAGGACACGUCGCACGAGAUGGUGGUGGCGUGCUGCCGCUUCCUGUGCUACUUCUGCCGCACUUCGCGCCAGAACCAGAAGGCCAUGUUUGACCACUUCUCGUUCCUGCUGGAGAACAGCAACAUCCUGCUGUCGCGGCCCUCGCUGCGCGGGAGCACGCCGCUGGACGUGGCCUACUCCUCGCUCAUGGAGAACACCGAGCUGGCCCUGGCGCUCCGGGAGCACUACCUGGAGAAGAUCGCCAUCUACCUGUCGCGCUGCGGCCUGCAGUCCAACUCGGAGCUCAUGGAGAAGGGCUACCCCGACUUGGGCUGGGACCCCGUCGAGGGGGAGAGGUACCUGGACUUCCUGCGCUUCUGCGUCUGGGUCAACGGUGAGAGUGUUGAAGAGAACGCGAACCUGGUCAUCCGACUGCUGAUUCGCCGGCCCGAGUGCCUGGGACCAGCUCUCAGGGGCGAGGGCGAAGGACUCCUCAGGGCCAUCAUCGACGCCAAUAAGAUGUCGGAGCGGAUAGCGGACCGGCGGAAGGUGAUGGGCGAGGCAGAGGGCGGCAACUCCGCCGCCCAGCUGGAGCACCCCCUGCCGGAGAGCGACGAGGACGAGGACUACAUCGACACGGGCGCCGCCAUCCUCAACUUCUACUGCACCUUGGUCGACCUGCUGGGACGGUGCGCCCCCGACUCCUCCGUCAUAGCGCAGGGCAAGAACGAGUCCCUGCGGGCGCGGGCCAUCCUGCGCUCGCUGGUGCCCUUGGAGGACCUGCAGGGCGUGCUGAGCCUGCGCUUCACCCUGCAGCACCCGGCGGCCGGCGAGGAGCGCCCCAAGAGCGACAUGCCCUCGGGCCUGAUCCCGGGCAACAAGCAGAGCGUGGUGCUGUUCCUGGAGCGGGUGUACGGCAUCGAGACCCAGGAGCUGUUCUUCCGGCUGCUGGAGGAGGCCUUCCUGCCGGACCUGCGGGCCGCUACCAUGCUGGACGGGAACGACGGCUACGAGUCGGACAUGGCGCUGGCCAUGAACCGCUACAUCGGCAACUCGAUCCUGCCGCUGCUCAUCAAGCACUCCAUGUUCUACAACGAGGCGGACAACUACGCCAACCUGCUGGACGCCACCCUGCACACGGUGUACCGCCUCUCCAAGAACCGCAUGCUGACCAAGGGCCAGCGAGAGGCCGUCUCCGACUUCCUGGUGGCGCUGACCAGCCAGAUGCAGCCGAGCAUGCUGCUGAAGCUGCUGCGGAAGCUGACCGUCGACGUGUCGCAGCUGUCCGAGUACACGACGGUCGCUCUGAGGCUGCUGAUGCUGCACUACGAGCGCUGCGCCAAGUACUACGGCUCCACGUCGGGCCAGGGGCCGUACGGCGCGGCGAGCGACGAGGAGAAGCGCCUCACCAUGAUGCUCUUCAGCAACAUCUUCGACUCCCUCUCCAAGAUGGACUACGACCCGGAGCUGUUCGGCAAGGCCCUGCCGUGCUUGACGGCCAUCGGCUGCGCCCUGCCGCCCGACUACUCCCUCUCCAAGAACUACGACGACGAGUGGUACAGCUCCAAGAGCACCAGCGGCCCCGACGGGCCCUACAACCCCCAGCCGAUCAACACCGGCAGCGUGGUGCUGAACAACGACCUGAACACCAUCGUGCAGAAGUUCUCGGAGCACUACCACGACGCGUGGGCGAGCCGCAAGCUGGAGAACGGCUGGGUGCACGGGGACCAGUGGUCCGACUCCUCCAAGUCCCAUCCCCGCCUCAAGCCCUACAACAUGCUCAACGACUACGAGAAAGAAAGAUACAAGGAGCCAGUCCGCGAGUCGCUGAAAGCCUUGCUUGCGAUUGGUUGGAACGUGGAACAUACGGAAGUGGAGAUACCGUCGAACCACAGAAACUCUGCAAGGCGACAGUCAAAGGCCAAUCAGGACUCGUCGGCCACGCCCUUCAACUACAACCCCCACCCGGUGGACAUGACCAACCUGACGCUCAGCAGGGAGAUGCAGAACAUGGCGGAGCGGCUGGCGGAGAACGCCCAUGACAUCUGGGCCAAGAAGAAGAAGGAGGAGCUACACUCGUGCGGGGGCGGCAUCAGCCCGCAGCUGGUGCCCUACGACCUGCUCACGGACAAGGAGAAGAGGAAGGACCGCGAGCGCUCCCAGGAGUUCCUCAAGUACCUGCAGUACCAGGGGUACAAGCUGCACAGGCCGACGCGGGGGGGAGGAGCCGAGACGGAGCAGGCGGCGGGGGGGGCGGCCGCGGAGCUGCGGUUCGCCUACAGCCUGCUGGAGAAGCUCAUCCAGUACCUGGACACGGCCUCCAUCAACAUGAAGCUGCUCAAGCCCUCCAGCACGUUCAGCCGGCGGAACAGCUUCCGCACCUCCAGCCGCGACAUCAAGUUCUUCUCCAAGGUGGUCCUGCCGCUCAUGGAGAAGUACUUCAACACGCACAGGAACUACUUCAUUGCCGUGGCGACGGCCACUAACAACGUGGGUGCCGCGUCACUCAAGGAGAAGGAGAUGGUGGCCAGUUUGUUCUGCAAGUUGGCCAGCCUGCUGCGAUCCCGCUUGGCGGCGUUCAGUGCUGACGUUCGCAUCUCGGUGCGCUGUCUCCAGGUUCUCGUCAAGAGCAUUGACGCAAAGUCACUCGUGAAAAACUGCCCAGAAUUCAUUCGCACAUCAAUGCUUACGUUUUUCAACAACACUGCAGAUGAUCUCAACCACACUAUAAUAAACCUUCAGGAGGGGAAGUACAGCCACCUGCGGGGCACGCACCUCAAGACGUCCACGUCGCUGUUCUACAUCAACGGGGUGGUGCUGCCCGUGCUGACGGCCAUGUUCGACCACCUGGCGGCCUACGAGUACGGCAGCGACCUUCUCUUGGAUGAGAUCCAGGUGGCAUCGUACCGCAUGCUGAGCAGCCUGUACACGCUGGGGAUUGACUCUACCCUCACCCACGACAGGAAGUUCCUGAAGACGGAGCUGGAGAAACACCGGCCAGCGCUGGGCAGCUGCCUGGGCGCCUUCUCCUCCACGUUCCCCGUCGCCUUCCUGGAGCCGCACCUCAACAAGCACAACCAGUUCUCGCUCGUCAACCGCAUCGCCGACCACUCCCUCGAGGCCCAAGACGUGAUGCAGAAGAUGGAGGGCAGCAUGCCGACCCUGGAGGCUGUCCUGGGCGAGGUGGACCAGUUCGUGGACUCGGAGAAGACCCACGCCGACGCCCCGCACGUCAUCGACGUCAUCCUGCCGCUGCUGUGCUCCUACCUGCCCUUCUGGUGGUCGCAGGGCCCGGACAACGUCAGCCCCACCGGGGGGGCGCAUGUGACGAUGGUGACGAGUGAGCACAUGAACCAGUUGCUGAAGAACGUCCUGAAACUCAUCAAGAAGAACAUUGGGAACGAGAACGCUCCGUGGAUGACGAGAAUUGCUGCCUACACGCAGCAGAUCAUCAUCAACUCGUCGGAGGAGCUGCUCAAGGACCCGUUCCUGCCGCUGGCCGAGCGCGUCAAGAAGCGCGUCGACAACAUGUUCCACAAGGAGGAGAGUCUCCGGGGGUUCAUCAAGUCCUCCACGGACGACACCUCCCAGGUGGAGUCCCAGAUACAGGAGGACUGGCAGCUGCUGGUGCGGGACAUCUACGCCUUCUACCCGCUGCUCAUCAAGUACGUGGACCUGCAGCGCAACCACUGGCUGCGCAACAAUGUGUCGGAGGCCGAGGAGCUGUACAACUACGUCGCCGAGAUAUUCAACAUCUGGUCCAAGUCGCAGUACUUCAUGCGUGAGGAGCAGAACUUCAUCUCCGCCAACGAGAUCGACAACAUGGUGCUGAUAAUGCCGACGGCCACUCGCAGGACGGCGGCCGUCACAGAUGGCUCCGUCGUCUCGGGCGGCGGCAAGAAGAAGAAGAAGCACCGCGACAAGAAGCGGGACAAGGACAAGGAGCUGCAGGCCAGCCUGAUGGUGGCGUGCCUGAAGCGCCUGCUGCCCGUCGGCCUGAACCUGUUCGCCGGCCGCGAGCAGGAGCUGGUGCAGCACUGCAAGGACAAGUUCCUCAAGAAACUGCCGGAGUACGACAUCAUAGAGUUCGCCAAGACGCAGCUGACGCUGCCGGACAAGAUCGACCCGGCGGACGAGAUGUCGUGGCAGCACUACCUGUACUCCAAGCUGGGGCAGAAGAAGGACGGGGAGGAGGUGAAGCCGGCCAAGAUAGACGAGGUCGUCGAGCGCAUCGUCGCCAUGUCCAAAGUCCUGUUCGGGCUGCAUAUGCACGCUAGGAAGCCGUCGCCCCGGUGCUCCGGCUGGAAGCGCGUGCUGUCGGCCGCCCGCAAGAGGGCCGCCAUCGCCUGCCUGCGCAGCGAGCCCUUGUACUCCCUCCCUAGGCACCGCGCCAUCAACAUCUUCGCGAGGACGUACUACGAGCUGUGGCUGCAGGACGAGAACGUCGGCCAGGAGGUGAUGAUCGAGGACCUCACGCAAUCCUUCGAGGACGCGGAGCUGAAGAAGCGCAGCAAGGAGGAGGAGGAAGGGAAGCCGGACCCGCUGAACCAGCUGGUGACGACCUUCUGCCGCGGGGCCAUGACGGAGCGCAGCGGGGCCCUGCAGGAGGACCCCCUCUACAUGUCCUACGCCGAGAUCAUCGCCCGGUCGUGCGGCGAGGAGGAGGAGGAAGGAGAGGAGGGGGAAGGAGGGGAGGAAGAGGGCGCGGCCUCCAUCCACGAGCAAGAGAUGGAGAAGCAGAAGCUGCUGUUCCACCAAGCGCGGCUGGCGAACCGCGGCGUCGCUGAGAUGGUGCUUCUGCACAUCUCCGCGUGCAAGGGCGUGCCCAGCGAGAUGGUCAUGAAGACGCUGCAGCUGGGGAUAUCCGUGCUGCGCGGCGGCAACAGCGACAUCCAGAUGGGCAUGCUGAACCACCUGAAGGAGAAGAAGGACGUGGGCUUCUUCACGUCAAUCGCGGGGCUGAUGAACUCCUGCAGCGUGCUGGACCUGGACGCCUUCGAGCGCAACACCAAGGCGGAGGGGCUGGGCGUGGGCUCGGAGGGGGCGGCCGGCGAGAAGAACAUGCACGACGCGGAGUUCACCUGCGCGCUGUUCCGCUUCAUCCAGCUGACCUGCGAGGGCCACAACCUGGAGUGGCAGAACUACCUGAGGACGCAGGCGGGCAACACUACCACCGUCAACGUCGUCAUCUGCACCGUCGACUACCUGUUGCGGCUGCAGGAGUCGAUCAUGGACUUCUACUGGCACUACUCGAGCAAGGAGCUGAUCGACCCGGCGGGCAAGGCCAACUUCUUCAAGGCCAUCGGGGUGGCGAGCCAGGUGUUCAACACGCUCACCGAGGUGAUCCAGGGGCCCUGCACCCAGAACCAGCAGGCCCUGGCCCACUCCAGGCUGUGGGACGCGGUGGGCGGCUUCCUGUUCCUGUUCUCGCACAUGCAGGACAAGCUGUCGAAGCACUCUAGCCAGGUGGACCUGCUCAAGGAGCUGCUCAACCUGCAGAAGGACAUGAUCACCAUGAUGCUCUCCAUGCUGGAAGGUAACGUCGUUAACGGAACCAUCGGGAAACAGAUGGUGGACACCUUGGUAGAGUCUGCAUCAAACGUUGAAUUGAUCCUUAAGUACUUCGACAUGUUCCUGAAACUCAAGGACUUGACUGAAUCCGCCAGCUUUCAGGAGAUAGACCCGAACAGCGAUGGGUGGGUGCUGCCGAAGGACUUCAAGGAGAAGAUGGAGCAGCAGAAGAGCUACACGCCGGAGGAGAUAAACUUCCUGCUGAUGUGCUGCGACACCAACCACGACGGCAAGAUCGACUACCGCGAGUUCACGGACCGCUUCCACGAGCCGGCCAAGGAGAUCGGGUUCAACCUCGCCGUGCUGCUGACCAACCUGUCGGAGCACAUGCCCAACGAGCCGAGGCUGGCGAGGUUCCUGGAGACGGCCGGCAGCGUGCUCAACUACUUCGAGGCGUUCCUGGGCCGCAUCGAGAUCCUGGGCGGCAGCAAGAAGAUCGAGCGCGUGUACUUCGAGAUCAAGGAGUCGAACAUCGAGCAGUGGGAGAAGCCCCAGAUCAAGGAGUCGAAGCGGGCCUUCUUCUACUCGAUCGUGACGGAGGGCGGGGACAAGGAGAAGCUGGAGGCGUUUGUGAACUUCUGCGAGGACGCCAUCUUUGAGAUGACCCACGCCAGCGACCUGAUGGCGGUGGUGGAGAGCUCCGGCGGCGGCAAGGCGCGAGAGGCGUCCUACAGCUACAUGUCCGAGGAGGACGAGGAACGGGCCGCAAAGGACCCCAUUCGCCGCAGCAUCCAGGCUGUGAAGGACGGCGUCUACUUCUUCUUCACGAUGCUGUCCCCGACGAACAUCAAGAACAAGAUCAACGAGAUGCAGCAGAUGACGAUACUCGAGCUCUUCAUCGGCUUCUUCAAGAUGAUCUUCUACUCCUUCUACUACUCAGGGUUCGGGGUUUCCGUGGUCAUCAGGUACCUGGUGCGGGUGCUCAUGUCGCUGAUGCGCGGGCCGCAGCCCGAGGAGCCGGUGGUGGAGGCGAAGGGCGAGGAGGAGAGGAUGGGGCCCCUGAGGGUGCUCCCGGCGCUGCCCGCCGCCGACGAGGCGGGCGCCACGCAGAUGCAGGCCUUCGGCCUCGACAUCACCAAGGAGGACAACGGCCAGUUCCACAUGGCGCCCCACGAGAGCACGCCCCCCUCGCCGCAGUCCAGCGUGGAGGAGGGCGGCGAGACGACCCCGGAGGAGGCCGGGACGGAGGAGCACCCCAGGCCGGAGGCCGGCCCCGACGGGGAGCCCCCCAUCUCCCUGGUCGACCUGCUGGGGGGCGACGCAGCGCGCAAGGCGGCCGCGCAGACGGCGGAGGCGGCCGCUCAGCAGCAGGUGGCGAUGGCCGCCGUCGAGGCGGAGGCGAAGCAGGAGGUGGUGGUGGAGCAGUCUGCCGUGUCCCAGGUGGACAUCAGUAAGUACACGAAGAGGGUUCUGAGCUUCCUCGCGAGGAACUUCUACAACCUGAAGUAUGUGGCGCUGGUGCUGGCCUUCUGCAUCAACUUCAUCCUCCUCUUCUACAAGGUGACGACGCUGGGCGAGGCGGAGGGCCCGGCGGGGGCGGACUCCUCGGGGGAGACGCUGGCGGCCCGCCUGUCCGAGGAGCUGUCCGGGGAGGCCAACUCGACGGAGGCGGCGGGCAGCGGGGAGGACGCGGGGGGAGGCAGCGCGGAGGAGGACGACCCCAUAGAGCUGGUGCACGUGGACGAGGACUUCUACUACAUGGCGCACCUGCUGAACCUCAUGGCCGCCCUGCACUCGCUCGUGUCGCUCGCCAUGCUCAUCGCCUACUACCACCUCAAGGUGCCGCUGGCCAUCUUCAAGCGGGAGAAGGAGAUAGCGAGGCGGCUGGAGUUCGACGGCCUGUACAUCGCGGAACAGCCGGAAGACGACGACAUCAAGUCUCACUGGGACAAGCUCGUCAUAUCCGCCAAAUCGUUCCCGGUCAACUACUGGGACAAGUUCGUGAAGAAGAAGGUGCGGCAGAAGUACAGCGAGACGUACGACUUUGAUUCGAUCAGCAACCUGCUGGGCAUGGAGAAGACGUCGUUCAGCGCUCAAGAGGACGACGGAGGACGCGGUCUCGUCAACUUUAUUCUCAACAUCGACUGGAGGUACCAGGUGUGGAAGUCUGGUGUCACCAUCACAGACAACGCGUUCCUGUACAGCCUGUGGUACUUCACGUUCUCGAUCCUCGGCAACUUCAACAACUUCUUCUUCGCCGCCCACCUGCUGGACGUGGCGGUGGGCUUCAAGACUCUGCGCACCAUCCUGCAGUCCGUCACGCACAACGGCAAGCAGCUGGUGCUGACGGUGAUGCUCCUGACCAUCAUCGUGUACAUCUACACCGUCAUCGCCUUCAACUUCUUCCGCAAGUUCUACAUCUCGGAGGAGGACGAGCAGGUGGACCGCAAGUGCCACGACAUGCUGACGUGCUUCGUGUUCCACUUGUACAAAGGCGUGCGGGCGGGCGGCGGCAUCGGAGACGAGAUCGAGCCUCCGGACGGCGACGACUACGAGGCUUACAGGAUAAUUUUCGACAUAACGUUCUUCUUCUUCGUCAUCGUCAUCUUGCUGGCUAUCAUCCAGGGUCUCAUCAUCGACGCGUUCGGGGAGCUGCGAGACCAGCUGGAGAGCGUCAAGGAGGACAUGGAGUCGAACUGCUUUAUCUGCGGCAUCGGCAAGGACUACUUCGACAAGGUGCCGCACGGCUUCGACACGCACGUCCAGCAGGAGCACAACCUGGCCAACUACAUGUUCUUCCUGAUGCACCUCAUCAACAAGCCGGACACGGAGUACACCGGCCAGGAGACGUACGUGUGGAACAUGUACCAGCAGCGCUGCUGGGACUUCUUCCCCGUCGGAGACUGCUUCCGGAAGCAGUACGAGGACGAGCUGGGAGGGGGCGGGGGCUAGGCGGGGCCCCUCUUCCUCCUACCCCCCCACCCCACCACCUGCGACGCUUCAAGAGUGCUUCAAAGACACCCGAAAUACAUGCACAGGUCUACACCCAUUUGUCACCUAAUCAAGUUUUUUUUUUUUUUAAAUCUCCACUUCAUAGCUACAUACAGAAAUUUGUUCGAGGCGUGAAUCUUAACCGAUUGUGCGGCUUAUUUGCUUGGGGGACUGCUUCCUCGGAAGAAAGUAUACACACACCAUCAACUAAUUGAUUUCAAUGAUACUUCACCGUUGCUGCACCAAUAAAAACUAUAGUUUAAACGUUACACUGUAAUCGGGGAUAUAAUAGUGACGGUGAUGUUACAUUAUCACGUUUCUGUCGCACAAGUACUUCUGACACAAAAAAUAAACCGACAGCAAUAAGAUUACUGCACCGCAGUGUGUGACAGAUCCAUGGAGAAGCAAUGCACUUGUCACAUUAUUGAUGAUUGAAAAACAAAGUCAAUUUUAUAAGAUUGAGUAUGUUAAGAAAUUCUAUCAAUGUUGAUAUUUGAUAGGCAAUCUAUUCUCGUUAAUUGUUCUUCCACAUUUUAUAUUAUAGAGAAUUUAUUACUCAUGGCUUUAAAACAAAAAAAAAAUUGUAGCUAGCAAGUUUUUCAUACUACUAAUGAGGAUCGUUUGUAUCCAUCCAGUUUUACAAAAACUAUCCUUUUUUUGUCAGGUUAAUGUGAUAGAUUUUCUCCCUUGUAUUGCAAGAGUGACAAAGAGGUAUAACUCCUGUCUCGUCUGUGCUAAAAUGUUUGCAUAUUUUGUAUCCUUGUAGAAAUUCACUCUUUGUUGAAAAUUCUGUGGCUUGUACAAAAGAAAAUCUGUACACAGCAGUGAUGUUAUGCUGUUGUAGUUUCUAACUUCAUUCACAUUUUUUCUUCUUCUAUUUCUGUAUGUAACUGAACUUGUUCAUAAAUAAAUUACAUUGUUUUAAAAUGUGUUCUUUAAAUGAAAGAAUUAAUUAUAACACUUCCCUUCCUGCAAUCCUUCAGGUUCCUUGAAAUGUACCGAGACCCUAUUUAUUACUAUGUUUAUGGAAUCAUUUCACUCUGGGUUG